CCCAAGAAUCCCAACUUGGGAACAAAACGUGCAGUGAGUCCAAAACUGAUCCAUCCAAGAUGACAGGGAUUACUGUGGUUCUAUUGUUUCUGGUGUUUCCUCUUUAUGACACACAGGAGCAAGUUGUCAAUGAGCUGUACACCUUGAUGGAAAAGUUUCCGCAGAAUACUGCUCCAAGCAACCAGACCAGGUUCGUGGUUAAAGAGCCCACCCUUCCCAUCAAUGAGCUCUUGGAGAAAAGCAGCAAGACUAUUGAAUCCAAACUAAACUUCCACCCUUUACCCUCCGCUGUCUGGCCAAAGCACAGCAACCUGGCUCCUGUCCUCCGUCACCACGGUCCCAACAACAAGAGCAAAAAGGGCCACAAGAGUGAUCGUUUGACAGAGCACAACAGUGAAAAGAACAGGGGGGAAGUUGCUGGUCUCCCUCCCAAAAUCCAGCUCACAGAAGCUACAAGUACUGGCACCAACCACACAGGACAGAAAACCAGUCAGGACACCCAGACCCACAUCAGCUCUUCUCCACAGGGUGAGCCAGAGGGACACCCCAACUCCAAACCCAAGACUCCAGCUCAGACGCAAACACCCAACCAGCAGCACCAAACAGCUUCUUCACCACGCAGAGACUCCCCAAACCGACGGCACGACCCAGAGGAGAACCGGCCUGGGAGAUCCGGCCUCUACCAGUCUGGAAUCAGUUCGGCAGCCUGGAACAACAGCCGCCCACCGGUCUUUUUCAGCCGGCGGUCCUCCAGCCUCCUCUACCAGUUUGAUGUCCUGAAGCGAGAGUCUGACUACACACAGGAUGCUUUCUGCAUGAGCGAGUGCAGGAAGGAGAAGGAUGAGAGGGAAUAUUACUGCUACAGUGAGUUUGCUGUCAAUGGGAUUGUCCAUGACAUUGAUGUUUUGCUGAAAGGAGUUCAACUGAUUACAUUGAUGGUCGCCGCCGACGGCUUCUACAAGAUGAGCCGUCUGUAUGUGACCCCAGACAGCUUCUUCUUCAAGGUUCGCCUCCUGGUCUUGGACACCUACAAGUGCAGUAAGCCCUGCCCUGAUAUCAAGCUUGGAGCCAGAUACAUUGUCAUGGGUCAGAUCUACCACCGGAGGCGCCACCUUCCCAUUGACCUCCUGACCCUGCUGGCUGGCAAACUAAAGCCCGGGGAUGGCCUCCUGCGCAGCAGCAACUACGUCAAAAGGUUCAACAAACGGAGACACCAGAAAGCUCUGGAGGCUGUCCGCUCCAGGUGUAGGUGAACCAGAGACAAGACUAUUGCCCCCUGCUGCAGGGGCAGAGACUCUGCAGCUGAUAUUACCUAACCCUACGGCAUUGUGCAAGGCAGAGGACUUGCUGCAGAAGUGGAUGUGCUCUAAUAUGGACUGCUGCCAUGUAUCAUCACAUCGGCUUUAUCUUUGAUACAAGCUACUUUGACUCCUCAUGCUGAUUUUGGACUAUAUGCAAAUGCUCCUCUUGCAUGGCUAAUUCAUCUGAACUCAUCAACUCAAUUUAAAAUCUUCAUGCAUUCAUGGCAGGUACAUGAGGUCCCACAGUUGAAUAAUUGCAUUUCUGAAGGGAAAUGUAGGUUCUCCAAAGCAUGGAACAGAUAACUUAGUUGUUGAAUCCACUUCUUCUUUAAGUUUGGGCAUUGGAAAAAGUUUCACUCAGUUAUCACAAUGAUCAUCAACACAGCAUGGAGUGAUUCUGGUUUACUGUUUAAAACAAUGCUUUAAUUUCCUAGACUUUAAAUCCAGAUGACAAGGUGUAAAAAGUGUUGCAAAUUUAGUUUGUCUUUGAUAUUUUUUAGGAAUAUCAUUUGUCUAUAGUUAUUAUUGUGUUGACAAUGGUUGGCAUGUCUUCAAAGAAUUAUAUUGCAAUUAAAAUUUGGGUUAAUAGUUUGUUGGAUGAUCUUAGUAUGCACUGUGAAGGGAGGAAGUUAAGGUCCAGAGAAAGGAGCAGCAACAAAUCACAGCGGACAGUGAAGAGGAGUGUUCAGAUAAAAGGAGGAUGGUGGGAGAUGAGGAACUUCAGCUGUUCCUGAGAGAGGUUCUGUUUUCUCUAACUUUAAUUAUGUGCUGCCAAUGAUAAGUGCGCCUAACAUCAAAAAGGUGGUGAUGGUGGGGUCCAAAGAGAGUGACGAGGAGGAGUUGUGGGUUAGCUGGGACUGAGCCAUGAAUCUGAUCGCGGGAAUCUGAUCCUCCACGCACCUGGACGCUCAAAGAAGCGCCUUCAUCACAGCUUAUUUCAGAGAUGCUGUUUUCUUGCACAUUAUAUCUGUUCGGAGGCCAAUGCUCAGAAGGGAUAUUUGAGAAAUGUAGAGAGAGCACAGAGAGAAUGGGAGGGCAAAGACCAUAAGCUAUGUAAAAUAACUAAGAGAACCUGAGCAGCUUUGGAUCUGUCUUAUUAGAGAAUGACUGGCUUGAUGGUUGGGAUAUUCUCAGCUUGUGUUUCCUAGAAAAAGAGAAGAAAUGAUGCUGAACUCUUGCUGUGCCUUACUAAAGUUAAUCAGAACAAAAACCAUGUGCUGUAAAGGUGAGAAAUAUUCCUUAUUCAUACAAUCCCGUUUGUUAUUAUUUCCAGUUACUCUAUAAAAAAGAAACCCCCCAAAUAAAAUGCAGAAUUUAAAGUUUAACAACCAAAUUCUGAGUCUGUCCUCCAGGCAGAACCCCACUCUGCAUGUCCGUCAUCUCUGGUCAGUUCCCAGGCUCAAUGCAGCUUCUAUCUGUGAUCAGUGCUGGAGGCAACAGACGCAUGUGGGCAGGAAAUGGGAGCCCAAGCCACACUGUGGCCACUAUCGCAGUGGGAGGACAUUCCUCAUCACAGAGCUUGUAAAGGAGGGGUGUGGGGUGGGUAGGUGGGAAUAUCUCAGAGAUGCUUCCUGUGUGAAAGUAGAAAAAAAAAAAACAACAACUGUGGGCCUGUGGUCAUCUGUGGCGCUCCCGGCGUCCAUGAGAGUCUCUGGAUUCAUUUAGUGGUUUGAGUGGGGAGAUAAGGAGGUGGAUGUCAGGGAGUGGAGAGGGACACAUGGGAGCUGCUGAUAGCUGGAUGCGUCAUUUAGGACAACUUGAUCACAGGACUGGUUGCUAAAGGGUCAUGAUCUCAUCCACGGGGGCCAUCUCUUGACUUGGUGCCACGAAUGAGUUAAGAAGUUCAGUCAGAUGGACUCUCUCGCUCACAGACCUCAGACCUUCUGUUACAGUGCCUUGCAAAAUUUACAACCACAAACUUUAUUUUCUUCAGGAUUUUAUGAGAUAAACUAAGAUCCAACAGUAUAUUAUUGUGAAGUUGCAGGAAAAUAUUACAUGGUUUUACAAACCUUUGACAAAUAAAAAUCUGAAAAGUAUUUUUAUUCAACACCCCUUACUAUGAAUCCUCUAAAUAAAACCCAGUGCAACCAAUUGCCUUUAACUAAUUAGUAAACCUGUGUGUAAUUUAAUCAUAGAAAAAAAUAAAUCUGUUUUGUGAAGGUU